GUCACUGGACUCUGAGAGGCAGUCCGUGGUGGCAAGCUGAACACUCAGAAUGAUCCAGCACCAUCUAGAAAAAGUACAUCUUUUCAUCAUUCACAGACCUGAUUUCAGUGCUGACCACUUGGCAAAUGACUUGCUUUCAAAGUUACCAGGGUGGUCACCCCAUUAACAGGAAAACUGGAAUUUAAAAAUGUGGACCCCACAAUGAAGAGCAUCAUAGCUCAGUGUGUCUUCUGUGGAACCCUGGCCAUCGGGCUCUGGACAACUCUGCUAAUCGCCUAUUUCCAGGACGAUCAAGAGAACGAACAGCUGAAGAAAACCCAGGAACUCAUAAGGGCUAAUUCACUUCGAAAAAAUGUGUACCAGCAAAACCAUGUCUCAAAGAAAACUCCCAAACAGAAUGCUUCUGAUGAUCCGAUUGACUUUUCAGCCCCAGAAUUUUACAAAGGAUUUAAGCAAUAUGGACUUAAUGCUGCUCUCAGUAGAAGCCUGGGCAUCAGGAGAGAGGUGCCAGAUUCCAGGGAUAAAAUAUGUCAUCAGAAACACUACCCAGCCUAUCUACCCACCGCCAGCAUCAUCAUAUGUUUUUAUAAUGAAGAAUUUAACACCUUGCUCCGGACAGUGUCUAGUGUGAUGGACCUCACCCCACACCGUUUCCUUGAGGAAAUAAUUUUGGUUGACGACAUGAGUGAAAUUGGUGAUUUGAAAGAAAAAUUGGACUAUCAGCUUGAACUUUUUCGCGGAAAGAUUAAAGUAGUAAGAAACCAAAAGAGAGAGGGUCUCAUUAGAUCAAAGAUGAUCGGCGCCUCCCGUGCUUCAGGAGACAUCCUGGUGUUCUUGGAUAGCCACUGUGAGGUGAAUACAGUCUGGCUGGAGCCCUUGCUGCAUGCCAUUGCUAAGGACCACAAAAUGGUGGUGUGCCCUGUGAUUGAUGCCAUCAAUGCCAUGACACUGGAUUAUACAGCGGCACCUAUUGUAAGGGGAGCUUUUGACUGGAACCUGAUUUUUAGAUGGGACAACGUUUACUCAUAUGAGCUGGACGGCCCAGAAGGACCAAGCAAACCCAUCCGGUCACCUGCAAUGGCAGGAGGAAUUUUUGCUAUAGACAGACAUUAUUUUAAUGAACUUGGACAGUAUGACAAGGACAUGAAUCUUUGGGGAGGAGAAAAUGUGGAACUUUCACUAAGAAUUUGGAUGUGUGGAGGCCAACUCUUUAUCCUUCCUUGCUCUCGGGUUGGACAUAUCAGUAAGGCACAGAAUCACAAUAAGCCUGCGCUCGAGAACGCCUUGUCAUGGAACUUACUGCGAGUGGUUCACGUCUGGCUGGACGAAUACAAGGACAACUUUUUUCUUCAAAGACCUUCUUUGAAAUAUGCAUCCUAUGGGAACAUCAGCGAGCGUGUUGAAUUAAGGAAACGACUGGGUUGCAAGUCAUUCCAGUGGUAUUUGGAUAACAUCUUUCCAGAGCUGGAGCCAUUUAUAUACACUGAUAAAAAGAAACGAAACAACUUUCUUUAAUAAAGGGUGAACAAGUCCCCUAGCUCUUCAACAUAUGGCACCACAGGACAAAUGCGGAGCACCAUGCAGCUGUGUGAAAUACAAUGAGAAAUACAAUCAGAGGGGCCGGUC